AUGACAUCCAAUUUCUCUGCCCUCACCUUCGCCAGUGAAGGAACUGUUGUUUCCAAGCAUGGUCCUGACCCUUAUGAGAGGGCCUCCUAUUACAAUGGCAUUACUGGGGAUGGUGACCACCCAGAACUUGUGUACUGUUCUGACUCCCUCACUAUGCCAUUCCCCAAGCCCAUUGGCAGAUUCUUUCAUAUCCCCAUCAAGUCAGUCUGUGGAGUCUUUGGUACCCCACUGAAUCAGGUCUGGGGUGCUGUCCUUCCCCAGAUUUGCAACGUCAUUGAGGCACAGAAGAUCCAGUGGUCCUCCAUUGCCCUGGCCUGCUUCUUCACACACAGUCUGCCAGGAGAGGAGGAAAAGGGGAGUCUUGGUCUGGUUGUUAUCUGGAUUGGUGUCCUACCCAGUUCUACCUCCCCUGAAACUGCUCACAAUGUCUCCCAGGAGAUCCUUGCUCUUCUGCAGAAGCAUGAAGUUGAGGGUGUUGUAGUAGAAUGGAGAGAGGUGGUUGCACAGAGGCUGGCAGAUUCCCUACUCCUAUGA